AGCCGCCAGGCCGGAAAUCACCCCUGAACCCUGACCCCGGAAGCAGUUGCCGUGUCCUCCUGGUGAGCCGCUCACGAGGGGGGGUGAGGAUGGCGGCGGCUUUUCGCAAGGCGCAGAAAUCGAUGCAGCGGAGCCACCGGGAGCGGAGUCAGCCUGUAUUUCGAAGACGUCUGGGUCUGUUGGAGAAGAAGAAAGAUUACAAGCUCCGUGCACAGGAUUACCAUCGCAAAGUAAACACUCUAAAGGCAUUACGCCAGAAGGCAUUAGACAAAAAUCCAGAUGAAUUCUACUUUCGAAUGACCAGCACUAAACUCCAGGAUGGAGUUCACAUCAUCAAGCAGCCUAGAGAGGAAGUAACAGAGGAGCAGGAGAAGAUCAUGAGAACACAAGAUAUUAAAUAUGUAGAAAUGAUGCGGGUUGCAGAGUCAAAGAAAAUUGAGCGACUCAAGUCUGAACUCCAUCUCUUAGAAGCUGACGGAAAACCUCCCAAUAAGCACGUCUUCUUCUGCGAAUCCAAAAAGGAAGUGGAGGAAUUUGACUUGGCGAAGCGCCUCAAUACUGCACCAGAACUAGUAGACCGAGUAUAUAACCGACCAACGAUCGAAACCUUACAGAAGGAAAAAAUUAAAGGAGUCACACACCCCCGGGCUCUCAAGAAACUUGCUCGACAGAGGAAGCAACAAUACGCCUUGCUGAAGCAGCACAUUGAGAGAGAGAAGAAAAUGUUCAUCGUGGCCCAGAAAAUACAGACCCGAAAAGACCUUAUGGACAAGACCCAGAAGGUGAAAGUAAAGAAAGAAACUGUGAACUCUCCGGCCAUUUAUAAAUUCCAAUCUCAGAGAAAACGCUGACAUGUCUUCAAUGGACAGUUAGAAUAUUGCAUAAUGAGCUACCCUUUUCAUGAAGAUUUUCUAGGAAGAUUGGGUUUCAAGCCUCUGUCUUUUUGUGACAUUUAAGAUUUAUUGGCUUGCUGUUGUCACUGUAACAUUAAAUGAAUGGGAAAGAAACAUUUAUUUUGGGUGACAUGCUUUCUGUUGACUGCUGUUAAUCGGUCACCAGAAAGUAAAGCCCCCAACAUUCGCAUUGAGUUCAGAUACAAUUUAGAAGUAUGGUAUCAAUCUCAUACUUUCAAGAAAAAUUCUGACGUUAACUGACAGAAACUCAUCCUUUUAAAAAAAAUUAUUAACGGGUUUUCUGAAGAUACUGUUUAGGGCGAAGUAAAGCACAUGGCUAUACGUUGUAUGGCUAUACGUUGUAUGGCUAUACGUUGUAUGGCUAUACGUUGUGUGUGUCCAUUCACCGGCACAAUUAAAAGUUUAUUACAGUGUAACUCCAUAACCUAGUAAAGAACCAUAAUAAAAAAGGGCUGCUUUGUGCUGACUUGCCUAAUUUCAUCCAGAUCGAAGGUGGCUAUAAAUGGCCUCAGUCUCCUAUAUUAGGGGGAAAGAGGAAGAAAGCAGCUAUUUCUGAUUGAUAUUAGGGAGUGUCUAGUGAUGACAGAAUUAGGCUUGGCUGGUGGUUCCUUCUCCUGUCUUGUGGUAGGAUUGCCUACCUACACUCACUGCAACCAGAUGCACCACAUCAACACUUUUUGAAGAGGGGCAAAAAAUGGCAAAAGAAAACACUGCUCCUCUGGUGCCCUAAAGUUCAGUGACAAAAGUGACAUUUGAAACCUGUAAUUCCAAACAUCCGGGCAAAAGAAAAUUGACUGCAAAUUCCUGAUUCAUAUUGGGCAUUUACUGUCCCGCCACUUUGUAUAGUGUAAGUUCUGGUGCCAACAUGUGAAAAGCGCAGCUAUCAUCUCAGGUUUUCUCACACAUCAGUGUGCAAUAUAAUGUUCUUGUUUUACUGCAAAGUGUCUUCUCUCAUUUAACUGUACCAGGCUGAAUCUCUGGAAGCAGCGUUGGAAUUUUUGCCAGCUUUCAGGCAAGCCUUGUCGUCCCACCCAACAUUCUAAAUGGAUUUGAUUACCCAAGCAGUAACCCCACUGUCCCUUACCUGAGAAACACUGAUUUAUUAUUCACCGUCAUUGUGGAGCAGCUAGAGUCUUCAUUAGAACCGAAGGAAGAUCUGUUUUGUCUGCCUCGUCAGCAUCACUGAACCUCAUCCCCAGGAGGCUUGAUACAAAUUAAUUAACCUAAUUAAAAACACUGAUUGCAGAGAUGAUUGGUGUGGUGCUGGCGGCAGUUGCAUAUAAGCUGUAUGGGGCGGAACUGCAGCUAACUGAUGUGUGACUGCCGCGACGAUGUUGCAGAAUUAAGCAAACCUCAUUAAACCAGAUUUAAUUUUGCAUAACUUGUUCAUCUUUUAUUUAUAAAUAUAAAAUAUAAGCUCGUCAACAUUAUUUUCUACCUAACAAUGCUAAGUAAUCCAUGGGUCGUUCCUAUUCUGACAUGAUCCAUUGUAGAGUGUGGUGCAAAAGUCAUCACUUGUGAUUUCUUCUCCAACUGAGCAAAAUAAAAUGUCGUUUUAAUUCCUUAAA